AUGGUAUCAGGUGCCGAGUCCGGUGCUGAGGGGUCCAAGCCAGCCAGCCAGUCUGGCCCAGCAGGCGGCUCAAGCUCUGCCCUGCGUCCAUCUUCCCCUACGCCUCCAGGAGGUCCACGAACAGCCCUCCGUCGCCGCGCUGCCGCAGAUCACAAGGAAUCCGUACGAAAUGCGCGCCCAGCAUCAACCAGAGCUGCCGGAGCCGGUGGCUCAUCCGGUACCAUGCUCAAGCUGUACACCGAUGAGAGCCCAGGAUUGAAGGUUGAUCCUGUUGUUGUAUUGGUUUUGUCUCUUGGGUUCAUUUUCUCUGUUGUCGGAUUACAUGUUAUUGCAAAGAUCACUCGCAAAUUCUCCUCGUAA